UUAAAUGUAACGAAUGCUUGUGAAAAGGCACCUAGCCUAAUUGACAUAUUAACAUAAAUCUAAAACGAUUACUCAACGUGCAAAUUACAUGCUAUUUAAUAAAUUAGGAGAAAAAGAAAAACAGAACACGAAAAAUAAUUGAAAAUGUCUGUUGUGGAUGCAGCGAUUGAGCCCUUUGAAGGAAAGGAACAUAGAGACGUUAACCCAAACAAUCUGAAUAAUUCUGCAAAUGACCAAACAUAUGGUGAGAACUUGCGAGAUUUUACUGAGCUCUUCACCGAGGAGCUUGCAGAACUGCCAUUUAGUUUUGUUGAUGACAUUGCGGAUAUUCUUGAAAUCAAACCCAAGAAGAAUUCAGCGCCCCGUGGUAGAAAGAGGUGGCGUGGUAGGAGGCGCAACAGGACCCAGGCCACCAAAGAACAGACUAACAACUCGCCCAAACAAAGGCCCAAUUACUUUGUUUCUAUUCCAAUAACUAACAAACAGUUAUUGGAUAAAAUAGGAGAUGUCCAGAAGAGCCUUGUGAAAAAAGAGAAGCAGCUUCAAAGGGCACUAAUCCCUUUGGAGAAGCUGCAUUUAACAGUCAUUGUAGCUACCCUGAGGACUAACGAAGCAGUACAGAGGGCAGUGGACGCUUUACAGCAGUGCAGAAGAAAAGUUGAUGAAAUCUUGCAGGGCAGAUUACCCAAGAUGAUAUUUCAUGGGAUUGUUCAGUUUAACAAUAAAGUGUGUUAUGUCAAAAUGACAGCGGACGAGCAGCCAACACUACAUCAAGUGGCUGAGGCCAUAAAGACAAGUUUUGAGAAUGUGGAUGUUGAUAUCACAGGAAGCAAAGAGUUUAAGCCUCACCUGACUAUUCUGAAGCUCUCAAAAGCACCGGCACUGAGAAGAAUGAGGCUGAAGAAGAUUCUGUAUGAAGAAUAUGAAGAUGCCGCUUUUGGCACUGAGCUGUUCACUCGUAUUGAUCUCUGUUCAAUGCACAAGAAGCAAGCCUCUGGUUACUACCACUGUGUAAGCUCAAUACUGCUGGCUUCCUGUAAUGGAGAAACUCGGGAGGUAGAUUCAGGGUCAAAAGAGAGUGCUUCAGUCUCAACAGCAGUCCCCUCCACUGGUGAAAUGGAUUCCAAAAAUGCUUUGGACCAGUGUUUACAAUCUGUGGGUGAUUAUUCUGCCAAUGAGUCAUCUAUCAAGCAAGCUGUGGAUUGUAGAGAUACUGCUGAUCACAUGAGCAAAACUGACAAGAUGGACAGUUUGCCUGGAGCCACUGGUAACAAAAAUGACAAGAUCAGUUUAGACCCUGCAGAGGUCUACUGCAAAGAAGACGCCUCUGCAAGGAAGGUCACUGAUGAAGGAAAUAAACAGUGAGAACGUUUUUAGACUAACAGCCAAGGAAAGAGGAAUCGUGUCCAAGUUUCUGAAUCAAAUUAAAAUUAAUAUUUUGUUUAUUAUGCACUGUAGAAGUGGGAGUGUGUUGACACCAAAAAAAGCAAAUGCUUCUGUGGUUCUUGAAACGGAUCUUCUUGCAGCCAUGGCUAGAGAAAUAAAAGAUGCCCUAGAGAAAUAAAAGAUGCCCUAGAGAAAUAAAAGAUGCCCUAGAGAAAUAAAAGAUGCCCUAGCUACGUAUCUGAAUACAGUGACUGAUUUCCAGAUGGAACUCGCUGACUUCAGACUUGGACUGGGAGUUAUCUGCAUCUGGAUUAUACCAAUGAAGUGAAAAGAGAGGGGAGGGGGAGUGUGUUGAGGUCGCAUAUUUAAGAAGUCAUUCUAGGCUGGGAUGUUUUAAGUUAACCUGUUAAGUACCAUGGUCCUCAUUUGAGAACAGGCUGCUUUGUACAUUUUGGAACAUCUACCUGUUGAUGAUAAACCCCAUUUUCUAUGUGUUGAGCUUCAUAGCCGGUGUUAAAUUUCACUGGUCUGAUUAUGGCCAUGUCUAACUUGACUGUCCUCAAAAUAGGACGCAGCAAUUUGUAGCCAAACUGAAGGAUUUUAUUGUUUUUCCUGUGAAGAAAUAUUGAUUUAGAAUGUAUGAAAUUACUAAAUACAGAUUGUGUUCUGAUUUUUUUUUUUUUUUUUUUUUUUUUCCCCAGAGAAAUUAAUUUGGUACGUAAUGGGUUAAUGUAGCAGAGCAAGGUACAAAAUGUGUCUAGUGCCAUUGUAGUUCCUGUUGUAUGAAGGUGUGUGGGUUUUUUUUUUUUAAGAUCUUUGACAGCUUGUUGAGUGUUUCUGUUGUCUGAGAUUUAUAUUUUCAGUUGCCAAAAAUAAAGGAUAGUUCACUACAA